AUGGCUUCCAAACUCAUCUCCAUCAUCGCCGGCGUCGGUCCCGGCACCGGAGCCGCCGUAGCCCGCAAAUUCGCAUCCGCAUACCCCGUGGUCCUCCUCGCCCGCAAGCCAGAAAGCUUCGAGUCCCUAGCCAAAGAAAUAAACUCCAACGGCGGCAAAGCAAUCGGCAUCAGCACCGACGUCUCCGACUCCUCAAGCCUCAAGAACGCCGUCGAAGCAAUCAAGAAAGAAUUCGGCCCGGACGUCGGCGCCGCAGCCGCAAUCUUCAACGCAAGCGGCGGCUUUCUGCGCAAACCCUUCCUUGAAAUCCCCGGGUCUGCGUUCCAGGAUAGUUUCGCCGUUAGCGCCAUGGGCUCGGUACUAUUCUCGCAGUCUUUCCUGCCCCUCUUGCUCAGAGGCGUGGAACUCAAGGCCGAGCAUCCGCCGUCUCUGAUCUUCACGGGCGCCACGGCGUCGGUUAAGAGCAGCGCGUUGAUGGCGAGCUUUUCGACGGGGAAGUGGGCGGUGCGCGCGCUGAGCCAGAGUCUGGCGAAGGAGUUUGGGCCCCAGGGUGUGCAUGUUGCGCAUGCGAUUAUUGAUGGUGUUAUUGAUACGCCGAAGACGAAGGAGUGGCUGAAGGAUAUGCCGUCUGAGGCUAAGUUGAGCGCUGAUGCGAUUGCGAACGAUUACUGGUGGCUGCAUACGCAGCCUAAGACUAACUUUACUUGGGAGAUUGAUCUGAGGCCUGCUGUUGAGAAGUGGUAG